AAUAGGUACUCAGUCUUGAGAGAUCUCUGUAAGAGGACAUAAUAAGAAUAGAAAAAGGAAGAAGAUUCAGACGAUGGAGCAGGUUGUAUCUGCAGUUGCAGGUGACCUUGUUAACCGAUUCAUGUCCUUCUUAAUCAGCAAGUACAAAACUGAAGAGCAGUUAGAGAAGAAGAUGAAAAGGCUGCAAGAUCUACUGAUUAGAGCCCAUAUGAUCGUCGAGGAGGCUGAGGAUCGAUAUAUCACCAACUCAAAGAUGCUACUUCAGCUGAAGAAGCUUGUGGAGGUCAUGUACCAAGGCUACCAUGUUCUCGACACCAUCAAGUUUAGGACUCUUUUCGGCUCAAGGGCUGAUGAAAAUGAGCUGGUCAUCAAUAUCUUGCAGCAAGAAAAUAUUCCUCCCUUCGCUCCAGCUGUUCUCCCAAUCAUAGGGGGUAGUAGAGUGGGCAAGAAAACCCUAGUUGCACACGUUUGCAAAAACGAGAAAGUCAGGUCAAAAUUCUCAACAAUCUUGCACAUGCAUGGUGAAAACAUCCGGAGAAUAGCGCAUGAAGUAGGACCAGGGAGGUACUUGAUAGUGGUUGAGUUUACCUCAGAUGUGGAUGAAGAGGAUUGGUUGAAGUUCUAUUCAUCAGUAAAGAAGAUGGGAAGAGGAAGCAAGAUCAUAAUCAUAAGUAGGAUUGCAAAAUUAUCAAGGUUUGGGACGGUAAAGCCAGUUCGUCUUAAUGGAUUUUCCCAAGAGGAGUAUAGCUACCUCUUUAAGGUUCUUGCAUUUGGAGGUACAAACCCUGAAGAACACCCUCAAUUGGCAGUAAUAGCUGAAGAUCUAGCGGUAGCUUUGGGAGGGUCCCUCAUCACAGCGAACGUAUGUGCUGAUAUGAUGAGGAAAAAUCUGGAUGUUCACUUCUGGAUCAGCCUAUUAAAAAAGUACAGGAAUGUAGUGAUGAAGAAUUUCUCAGUGUUUGGUGAGCAUCCCAAGAACCUUAUGGACCAAGAUCAUCCUAUAGACAUAACCAGACUUGCAUCAUCAUCGAGGUCGUCAUUGCCAUCAUCUGCUACGCUUCGCCUAAUGCCUCCUCAUAGUGAAGUCGACAAUUCCAAAACUGAAUUGCCCAAGGUGAUGUUUGGAGAUCUGAUUGCUGGCUCAGCUGUUCUGCCGAGGGAGGGGUUUGAACUAGUCGCGUGGGAAUCGCGGAUACCCCCUUAUGAAAGGUUUGUAAACUUUGCUGCAUACUGUGAUGAGGAGCCGAUCUCUCAGCAUCAUACAGCAUCAGCUGGCAAGAAGCGCAAACGGUUCGAUAAGUAAACUAAUAGCAACAAUAUAUGUAAGGUUUUUUGGUGUUCUUGCCCCAACUUUGCCCUGGCAGUGUAAUCGAUCAAUGUAGCUUUGUACUUUGUACAACUCGUGACAGAAGUUAAGAAAACGACUUCUUUGUGUAUCAAUAUUCAAAGGAAGUAGCAUUCCAUGACCACAUUUGUCCCUUUUCCAAUAAAGAUGAUGAGCUUUAAUCUGA